AUGUCGAACAAACCCAUCUUCGUGGCCACCCACCCCAGGGCCUGUUCAACGGCCUUUGAGCGCGUCUUCAUGACCAGACAUGAUAUCCUUCACUGUGUCCACGAGCCAUUCGGUGAUGCCUUCUACUACGGUCCUGAGCGUUUGAGCGAACGUUUCGAAGAUGAUGAAGAGGGCCGCAAGAAGAGCGGUUUCUCCCAGAUCACUUACAAGGAUGUUGUCGACCAAAUAUUCGACCCUGCCGCCAGUGAGGGCAAACGCAUCUUCAUAAAAGACAUCACCCACUACCUCCUCCCCCCACACCAAAAACCAGCCAGUAUUCCCCCAUCCCUCUCCUCCUUCGCCUCUCCAGCAGACUCCAACAACCCAACCGUCCUCCCCAUCUCCCUCCUUCGCGAAUUCCACUUCACCUUCCUCAUCCGCCACCCCCGCCGCGCAAUUCCCUCUUAUUACCGGUGCACAAUCCCACCUCUGUCAUCCAAAACUGGCUUCCACAAUUUCAUGCCCUCGGAAGCCGGCUAUGACGAGCUCCGUCGCCUCUUCGACUACCUUCUCGCUGAAGGCCUUCUCCUACCCCCAUCCGACAAAGCCAACGGCCACAAGCACGACGAAGAUGCCGUGAAAAUCACAGUCAUUGACGCCGACGACCUCCUCGACCACCCCGCAGAAAUCAUCCAGCGGUACUGCGAGGACGUGGGGAUCGAUUAUGACCCCAAAAUGCUCAAAUGGGACGACGACGAGCAGCACAAGCGAGCCAAGGAGGCGUUCGAGAAGUGGAACGGCUUUCACGACGAUGCCAUUGGGAGCACAGAGUUGAAGCCGAGGGUGAACGGGCCGAAGAUCCUAACCGAAGAGGAAGAAAACGCCCAAUGGAAAGAGAAGUACGGCGAGGAAGGGCAAAGGCUGAUCAGGGAGACGGUCGACGCCAACGUGGCCGAUUACGAGUACCUCAAACAGUUCGCCGUCAAGGUUUAG